AAAUCUCCCCACAAACAUCAAGCCCACAAAUCUUUUUUUCUCUCUUACUAGAAGUGAGCCUUUGCCAUAAACUAGAGAGUAAUACACCACCAUGGCUAUGGUGGUAUUAGUACUUGUCGUAUGUAUCUUUUUAUCACUGAAAAUUGCCUAUGAAACUCUAUCAUCUUAUUGGCUAACCCCAAGACGUAUCAAGAAAAUCAUGGAAAAACAAGGAGUGCGUGGUCCGAAAUCUCGGUUUCUUGUUGGGAACAUCUUAGAUAUGGCUUCUUUUGUUUCAAAAUCAACCAAAAAUGACAUGGAUUCCAUUCAACAUGACAUCGUUGGCCGCCUUUUGCCGCAUUAUGUCACCUGGUCUAAGAUUUAUGGAAAAAGAUUCAUUUACUGGAACGGGAUAGAGCCGAGAAUGUGCUUAACUGAAGCGGAAUUAAUCAAAGAGCUUUUCUCCAAAUACAGCACUGUUUCUGGGAAAUCAUGGCUGCAACAACAAGGUUCUAAGCAUUUCAUCGGCCGUGGUCUUUUGAUGGCUAACGGCGACGCUUGGUACCAUCAACGCCACAUUGUUGCUCCCGCUUUCAUGGGAGACAAACUCAAGAGUUAUGCGGGGUACAUGGUGGAAUGCACUAAAGGGAUGCUCCAAUCACUAGGAAAUGCAGUAGAAUCAGGUCAAACGGAGUUCGAGAUUGGAGAGUACAUGACUCGGCUCACUGCAGAUAUCAUAUCAAGAACUGAGUUCGACAGUAGCUACGAGAAGGGAAAACAAAUAUUCCAUUUAUUAACACUUCUGCAGAACCUUUGCGCACAAGCUAGUCGGCACUUGUGCUUUCCUGGUAGCAGGUUUUUGCCAAGCAAAUAUAACAGAGAUAUAAAAGCAUUAAAAAUGGAAGUGGAGAGGCUACUGAUGGAGAUAAUACAAAGCAGGAAAGAUUGUGUAGAAAUAGGAAGAAGCAGCUCAUAUGGGAAUGAUUUGUUAGGAAUAUUAUUAAAUGAGAUGCAAAAGAAAAGAAGCAGCAAUGGAUUCAGCUUGAAUUUGCAGCUAAUUAUGGAUGAAUGCAAGACAUUUUUCUUUGCUGGACAUGAGACUACUGCCCUUUUGUUAACUUGGACUUCUAUGUUAUUAGCAAGUAAUUCCUCUUGGCAAGAUAAAGUUAGAGAUGAAGUCAAUCAAGUUUGCAAAGGAGAUCCACCUACUGUUGAACAUCUUCCAAAGCUUACUUUGUUAAACAUGGUAAUCAAUGAGUCGCUUAGACUCUAUCCACCAGCUUCUGUACUUCCUAGAAUGGCAUUUGAGGAUUUUAAAUUAGGUGACCUUCAUAUUCCAAAGGGUUUAUCAAUUUGGAUCCCAGUACUUGCCAUACAUCAUAGUGAAGAAAUAUGGGGAAAAGAUGUUAAUGAAUUCAGGCCUGAUCGUUUUGCAUCUAAGUCUUUUGCCGCCGGCCGGAAUUUUCUCCCGUUCGCCGCCGGUCCCCGGAAUUGUGUUGGCCAAUCUUUUGCAUUAAUGGAAGCCAAGAUCAUAUUAGCCAUGUUAAUAUCCAAGUUUCGAUUCACCAUUUCAGAGAAUUAUCGCCAUGCACCUGUGAUUGUCCUCACAAUUAAGCCUAAAUAUGGAGUUCAAAUCAAGUUGACACCUUUGACUCCUUGAGAAAUUUUGGCCUAGUGGAAUUUUUUUUUUCCAAUAAUUUUUUUGCUUAUUAAGAGCAGUUUUUGAGGAGGGUGGAAAGCUUGAAAAAUAGUACCGAUGAUACGAGUAGCUCUUUUAUUUAAUAUAUAAUGUUGGAUCGAGAUGAAUUUAAAUGAAAUGAUAUGGUUAGUAAAAAUUCAAAUAAUCA